AUGGUCAAGGAUGUUUUCGACUCGGUAGCCUCCAACUAUGACCUAAUGAACGACGCAACGUCUUUCGGAGUACACAGAUUGUGGAAAGACACGUUCGUCUCUUCCUUGAAGCCUGGAAGAAAGGGCCCGCUACGAUGCAUAGACGUGGGAGGCGGUACCGGUGACAUCGCGCUCCGUAUUUUGGAUUACGCGAAGGACAACCACUACGACAGGGAGACUACCGUCGAGGUUGUAGACAUCAAUGCACAAAUGUUGAAGGAGGGUUUCAAGCGUUUCAAGAGGACGAUGUAUCACAAUACUCCUCAAAUCUCUUUCCACGAGGCCAACGCUCAAAGCCUGCCACCCACCCAAUUUUUGGACAAUAGUUACGACCUAUAUACCAUCGCAUUUUGCAUCCGGAACUGCACAUCGAUUCCUGAGGUCUUAAAAGAGGCCCACCGCGUCCUUAAACCUGGAGGAACAUUCGCAUGCCUGGAAUUUAGCCGAGUAGGCAAUCCCAUUCUCAACGCGUUGUAUGAUCAAUACUCUUUCACGAUGAUUCCUUUGCUGGGUACCAUCCUUGCAGGUGACCGUGACUCGUAUCAAUAUCUCGUCGAGUCGAUUCGGAAGUUCCCCCCUCAACCAGAGUUCGCUCAGAUGAUUCGCGACGCCGGCUUCUCGACGGGUAAAGAUGUGGAUGGUGGCGCGUGGACAGAUCUGUGGGGUGGUAUCGCGUCAAUUCACACCGGAGUCAAGGUGUAG